AUGUCGCCUCGCAACGACGCAACGACGCGAAGAGAGACGGAUCGUCUGUUGGCUGACCCGGAGAAUGAUGCGCCUAUGGUGCCUGAGGGGCGCCGUAGCUCGGCGAUGAUAGCCAAGAUGCGUCGUUUCCGUAUUGUGGAAGGCCUUCUUGUCCUGCUGCUCCUUGCACUGGCCGCGUUCGGCGUAUUCCGCACGAUGAAGAGCGACAACCGCCGUGUGAUGUCGCGCGUGUGUACGUCGCGUGACUGUGUGAUUACGGCUUUCGAGCUGCUGAGCUCCUUGAACGAGACCGCGGACCCCUGUGACGACUUUUACGAGUACUCUACGGGCGGCUGGCGCGCUACACACGAGAUCCCUGACGACACGGGCCUGUUCGGUAUCGGUCAGUUUGUCACGGAGAACAACAACAAGGUUCUAUUGCGCAUCCUUGAGUCGCCUGUGUCUGACGCUUCGCUCUCGCAGGCGGAUCGUCAGAGCCUGUCGAAGUUGCGUGACUACUACGAGACGUGCCAAAACACACGUCAACAGAACAAGGAGGGCGCCGAGCCGUUGCUGCACACGCUCCAGGACCUGUACCAUGUGUUGCACAAGGCGCCCAAAGGACAGUCGUUGACGGCAGGCCUCACUUGGAUGCACAAGAACGGCUUCCAUGUCUUGGUCCACACGGAAGUCACGGGCGAUCCUGGCAAGGCACCGACCACGGCGACGCCGAACCUAUCGCCUGGCCAGCUGGGCCUGCCGGAUGCCUCGUACUACGAGGACAAGGACACGCUGAAGCUGUACCGCCAGCUUAUGAUGGAGGCCAUGGACGCGCUGCGUGACGUGCAUACGUCGAGCGUGGAUCUUUCUUCGAAGGUGGUCGACGACGUGCUGGACUUUGAGAAGGCGCUUGCUGCGAUUCAGCCAGAUGCCGUGUGGAUUGCGGACCCCAUCAACGUGUACAACCCCAUGUCGGUGAAGGAUGUGCAGUCGCUUGUCUCGGCGAUUGAUUGGACGACAUACUUGGACGCCAUGAGCCCGGAUGUGCACCCGCACAAGGUGAUUGUCGCUAGUGAGAAGUACAUGCGCAAGCUGAACAAGCUCUUGUCGUCGACGCGGGACGAGACGCUGCAUGCGUACAUGUACUGGAGCGUAAUUCGUACGGCUGGUGUGUUCUUGGGCCCUGACGUGCCCCUGUCGCAGCCCGCUCGUCGUCUGGCGAACUACGUGACGGGUGUGGACUUGGACACGGAGGAGAACCGCGAGGCGGUGUGCUUGGAGUCGGUGACCAAGUCCCUUGGUUUCAUGGCAGGUCGUUUCUACGCGAAGGAGACGUUCGGGCCGGACAGCAAGUCGCAGAUUGAGGAUAUGAUUGAGGCCAUCCGCAAGUCGUUCUACCGCCGCCUGAAGAAGCUCGCGUGGCUCGAUGCGAAGACGCGCGAGAAUGCCAAGGCGAAGGCGGAGGCGCUCAAGAUCAAGGUCGGCUACCCCACGAAUCCGGACUCGACCAGUGCCACAGAGAUCCACGACUGGUACAAAGACCUGCGUGUGUCGGACUCGCACUAUGCCAACGAAAUGGCCGCACGUCAGUUCCAAGUGCGUCGUAUGUGGGAGCCGAUGGGCGGCGAGCUGAACUUGGGCCUGAUUGGCGAUAUGAUGACGGCGGAGGUCAAUGCCGAGUACAAUGCGGACCAGAACGAGAUUGUGUUCCCUGCUGGCCUGCUGCAGAAGCCGUACUUUGACCCGACGUGGCCCAUGUACUUGCAGUACGGUGCGCUCGGCACGACGGCCGGCCACGAGCUUUCGCAUGCCUUUGAUCCGUCUGGUCGUCUGUUCGACAGCCACGGCUACUUGCGCGAUUGGUGGACGAAGGAGACGUCGGCGAAGUUUGAAGAGCGUCAGCGAUGCUUGGAAGAGCAGUAUGGCAACUACACUUGGCCUGAUGGUGACGGUGGUGUGGUGUACGUGCAAAGCAAGAUGACGAUCGGCGAGGAUGUGGCGGAUGCCGGUGGUCUUGCGCAGAGCUACGGCGCAUGGAAGCACUUGCUGGAGAAGGGCGGCUCGGAGACGCUGCGUCGUAACAUGCUUCUGCCUGGUCUGUCCGAGUACACCCAUGAGCAACUCUUCUUCCUUGCGUACGGUGCUGCAUGGGCCCGCAACAUUCGUCAGGGCGAGGCGUUGAAGCGCAUCAAGACGGACCCACACUCGCCGACCAAGUACCGCGUGAAUGGUGCGCUUGUCAACUUCCCGCCGUUUGCCAAGGCCUUUGGAUGCAAGGCCGGCCGUGAUAACAUGGCGCUAAAGGCAGCAGACCGUUGUGAGAUUUGGUAG